AUCAGGCAAACCAAAAGGGGUGUGGUUUGUAAAUUAUAUGCCAUGUGUUAAGUCACCCGUCUCCUCCAUAUCUGGCUAUGACCCUUUUAUCCUACAGGACCAGAUAGUGUGCUGUAGUGAGGACAAGUUAACACCACUGUCUAUUCUGAGAGAUACAGGUGCAGCCCAGUCUCUCAUUUUGAGCAGUGUAUUAGGAUUAACACCAGAAUCUUAUACUGGAUCUUGAUAUGAUUCUCAAAGGGGUGGGGGAGGGUUGUGUUAAAGCUCCCGUAUACAAACUGUCUCUGAACUCAGAGCUAGUCACAGGUUAUGUGUGUGUUGUAGUAUGUGCCCAACUCCCAGUGGAGGGAGUGAAGUUCAUUUUGGGGAAUGAUUUAGCAGAUGGACAGGUGUUUCCUCACCCUGUAGUGGUUAAUAAUCCAAGAGUGGAUGAGAGCGGUGAUACAUUGGCCAAAUUGCUAAAUAUUUUUCCUGCCUGUGUGGUUACACGAGCACAAGCUCGGAAGUGGGAUGAAGUUGUUGAUUUAUCUCAUUCAUUUCUUCAAGCUGAAAAUGUCAGUUUGACAUUAGAAAUGUUAGUUGAUGCAAAACCCUCAAAAAGAAAAAGUGAAUAUUUUAAAUUAUGUGAAGUUUCAUUGCAGAUUGGACACGAACAACUGGCAGCUGCUCAGAAAGCUGACCCUUCGCUGGUGAACUGUAUUGAGGCUGCAACAAACAAAAUUCCACUUGAAAAUUCCAAGUCUUAACAGGUGUCUUCUCCUAAACUCCGCCUAUUAAGGAAGUGCCGAGUCUGAGACUCUAGUCCUUCAUAAACACCCUGCAGUGUUCUGCUCAGAUUGAGUACUGUCCCAUAAACAGACUGGAGCGAAUAACAACAGCAAAACAAAAUGGCUACUAAGUUUUCGGAGGAGGAUUUCUCCUGUCCUGUGUGCCAUGAUAUCUACAAGGAUCCUGUUGUCCUGGAAUGCAGUCACAGUAUGUGUAAAGUGUGUUUAGAGAAGUCCUGGGAAGCCAAAGGAUCCAGAGAAUGUCCUCUUUGUAGGUGGAUGUCGUCUAUACCUGAUCCACCCAGAAAUCUGGCCUUAAAGAACCUGUGUGAGACUCUCUUACAGGAGAAAAAUCAGAGUUCUUCAUCAGCGUCUGAAACAGUCUGCAGUCUGCGCAGUGAGAAACUCUUCAGUCUGGACGAUAAGCACUCGGUGUGUGUGAUAAAUCAGGAUUCAGAAAAACUCAAAGAGCACAAAAUCUGCCCCACUAAUGAGACAGUAACUGACUGUAAGGAGGAGCUCAAAACUGCACUGAAGCUCCUACAGGAGAAACUGAAGAUCUUUAAAGACUGUAAUCUGAACUGGAGUCGGACUGCAGAACAUAUAAAGAUUCAGGCCCAACACACAGAGCGGCAUAUUAAGGAGGAGUUUGAGAAGUUUCACCAAUUUCUACGAGAUGAAGAGGCAGUCAGGAUCGCUGCACUGAGAGAGGAAGAGGAGCAGAAGAGUCAGAUGAUGAAGGAGAAGAUUGAGAAUCUGAGCAGAGACAUAUCGUCUCUUUCGGACACAAUCAGAGUCAUAGAAGAGGAGAUGAGAGCUGAAGACGUCUCUUUCUUACAAAACUAUGAAGCCACAGUGAAAAGAGCUCAGUGUACAAUGCAAGAUCCAGAGGAGCUUUCAGGAGCACUGAUCCAUGUGGCAAAACAUCUGGCCAAUCUGAAGUUCAGAGUCUGGGAGAAGAUGCAGGACAUUGUCCAAUACACACCUGUAACUCUGGACCCCAAUACUGCUCAUUCUAAUCUCAUUGUAUCUGAUGAUCUGACCACUGUGAGACGCAAUGUUAAGGAACAGGAGCUUCCUGAUAAUCAAGAGAGAUUUGAUAAAUUUGAAUGUAUCCUUUGCUCUGAGGGCUUUAAUUCAGGGACACACUGCUGGGAUGUUGAAGUUGGAGGCUGUAAACAGUGGUCACUGGGUGUGAUGACAGAGUCUGCUCAGAAGAAGGGAGAUAUAUUUAACAGAAUUGGAAUCUGGUUUAUGUGGUUUAAGAACGGCAAACAUGCAGUAUGUUCUACACCACAUCCAACCACUCCCAUCUCAAUACCACAAGAACUCGAGAGGAUCAGAGUGCAGCUGGACUGGGAGAGAGGAAAGCUGUCAUUAUCUAACCCUAUUACUAACACACACAUAUACACAUUCACACACACAUUUACUGAGAAAUUACGGCCAUUUUUAGCUGAUACAUAUAAAGAGAAUUCUCUGAAGAUCCUCCCACUUCAUUGCUCUGUAAGCGUGAAUCAGUUAGAGCUGGUUCAGAAAUAAAAAAUAUAUUUUUAAGCUUAAUCAGAUCUAUUUUUUAUGAAUACUUGUCUUUGUUUAGACAGUUUACUUUAUAUUCUUACAGUACAGUGUGUUCUGUUGUGUCAACAAUUAUAUUUCAGUCUUGCAUAGACCUGCAAUGUACACUAUAAAACAUUUUAAAGAUUACUCUCCAACUUUAAAAGAUUACAUAACUGAUUUCAUCACAUUUUUAACAUUUACAUUUAUUCAUUUAGCAGACGCUUUUAUCCAAAGUGACUUACAAAUGAGGAAAUAACUUCAUGGAUGAUUAGUUUUUUUAUUUAAAUUUAAAUGCUGACCAAACUGAAAGUGCUUAGUUGCAGCCUCUUAAAGUUCUAAUGCAUAACUUUUAAUUUUAGGUUGACAGAACUUGAUGAGUUAAGUCAAAAUUUCAUGUUAUAUUUCCCAGCUAAAAACACAUUGUAAUUAACUAGUUAGUAUCACAAACACACAAUUGUAUUUUUUACCUGGCAACCUGGGUGCACUGAACUAAUCAUUAAACUGUUCAAAGGCA